CACAAUACAACACAACACAACACACACCAGCACACACACUCCGUUUAAAUUCCGCCAAAUCUGUCCGAAUUGUGCAAAAUUUCACUGUUGCCAUGUGUUUGGAGACCACAUUGACCAAAAACAAGACAUUGGCUCUGAUCAAUCAAGGGUACCAGGUCCUCGCCGAGUAUGAAAUGAUAGAGCAGAAGAAACUGAGGGGCAUCUAUGCGAUACCCAGCUAUUCCAGUCUCUUGCUUUGGUUCGGUGUGAUCUUCAUUCACAGCGGCAUGUAUUCGGAGAGCGCAUUCCGCUUCUCUAUUCUGUUGCCCGAUAACUUUCCCGACGAAAACUGUCUGCCCACUGUCAUCUUUCAGAAGGACAUCUUUCAUCCGCACAUUUGCCCCAUAUCGCACAGCCUCGAUCUGAGCCCCGUUUUUAAGGAUUGGCACAAGGAUCAGCAUCAUAUUUGGCAUAUACUCAAGUAUAUCCAAGCUAUAUUCGCCGAUCCCGAGGGCAGCGUCUGCAACACCCACAACGGUGAACCGAUUCCAUUGACGGAUGUCAAUAAUAUGGAAGCAAUGCGUCUCCUGGCCAACAAUCGUGUGGACUUUGCUCUGCGCGCCAAGGCUAGCAUCGUUUGGAGUUGGAAGCAUAUGUUCGAUAAGCCGCCUAUCAAUGAUCCACAUUAUAUCAUUUUCGAGCGCUAUCGUCCCGAAAAGCACCAGGCCAUGAUGAAACGCAUCAAAAGCAGUAGCUGGUACUCUCUUCCGACGUCGACGUCGCCGCCCUCGACAUGUGUGGCCCGCAUCGAGUCCGCUCGGCAAUUGCUCGCGGAGGAAGAAGCUCAAACUAGAGGAUUUCAUAGUUUGGAAAUGGUGGAGUGAGCACUUGACUAGCGCAUUUUUAUUUGCAUAAAAAAUGUUCUGGUCAAUGUGCGUGCACCCUAGUUGUCGUUUAACAACAUACACAUACAUAUACAUACAUAGAUGUGCAACACUGAUGUUAAGUAUUUUACAAACGAUGUUCCGAUUGUGUGCUGACAAUAAUUAAAUUUAAAAGUGAAACUGUCA